AUGAUGACGACAAGAAAGCCUAAAGACGGCAGUUUCUCUCGGAUCCGAAAGCAACCAGUGAUUGUAAAAGAAUUAUCAAGCACGAUCAUCAUGCUUAUGGGUUGUUAUUGUUUAAUAUUCUUCGUGCUGAUCAUGAUGAAUUUGAGUGUAGUUAAUAGUACGGUCGUGAUGGCUGAACCAAUAAUCACUGCCACUACAACAGACAACAUGGAUGGACGACCGGAAUAUGACACACCUAUCGAUUUGAAACAAGUACCAAUUCCUACCAUCAAUGGUACUCAAGUCAAUGUGAAUGUGAAUGUUGCCGGAUCUGCAGGAGUGUUGACCACUCUGGUAGCCAACAUCAUGGUUGCCUUGCUCUAUUUUAUCAUGUUUUUCUUAUGCUGUCGACAAUUAGCAGUAUUUAAUCCUGAAAAGAAAAAACGAUUGUUUAUUGAAUACUUAAAAGAUAUGGAAGAAGAAACAGAGUCAAAGAAAAGUCAUACAAAAUCUGAUUCAAUCACUACAUCCUCUAGAAAUGAAGGCACAACAGUAGAAAUUGAAGAAGAGGAAAAACCAAAUACAUUAUCUUUUAUUGGUCAUAGAGCUGGUUAUUACACAGAAAAAUUUAGCAAUGCCUAUCAAGAAAUAGCAGCCCAAUAUCCAUUCAAUCAACUACCACGAGUGCCUUCAGAACCAUCUGAUUUCAAGGAGAGAGUCAUUCCAAAACUUAAAAAGAUACUCGUGGACUCUUUUAAUUCUACAAUUUUAUUCUUUCCUGCUUAUUCCGACAUUUGA